GUCCAUCACGUGACAAUUACAAUCACAUGAGGAACAGAAGUUGAAAACAGGAAGACAUCGAACUCGUAUUUUAAUCUAAUCAGUAUGUGAAAUGGCCGCGGCGGUGGAGAGAACAGAUGAUCUGGUGCGAGAGUAUCUGAUCUAUCGAGGUUUCAACAGCACACUCAAACAUCUGGACUCAGAGAUCAAAUCAGACAAGGAGAAAGGCUUCAGAGUUGAUAAAAUCAUCGAUCAGCUCCAGCAUCUGAUUCAGAACUAUGAUCUGGCGGGUCUGAAGGAGUACUGGGCGUAUCUGGACCGCAGGCUCUUCUCCAGGCUGGAGGACAUCUACAGACCCACCGUCAGCAAGCUGAGGACCAGCCUCUACCGCUUCUACGUCAUACACAGCGUUCAGUCGAGGAAUCCAGAGAAGACGCAGGAGUUUUUCCAGAAGCAGGCGCUGGAGCUGCAGGCUCAGCCGGAGUGGCGGGAAUGGUUCGCUCUGCCGUUCAUCUCCACCCCGGAACAGAAUCCCGUCUUCUCUCCGUACUUCUCCCGCCAGUGGGCCGACACUUUCCUGGUGUCUCUGCACAACUUCCUCAGCGUUCUCUUCCAGUGCAUGCCUCUGCCUGCGCUCUUGAGCUUUGACAGUGAAGUGCAGAAACUCACGGGUCUUCAGGAGGAGAACGAGCAGUACCGACAGAUGUUAUUUGCUCUUCAAGGAGAAUCACGGCCAAAGAAAGACGAGGUGAUGGUGCAUCACAAACUCCCGCCGUACGUCCAGCACAUGGACCGACUCGGCGACACUGAGCUUGAUCUCGUGUACAGUCAGAGGAACGUGAACAUGACCACGCCGUCCAGAAACUUCUUCUCCACGUUCCUCCCUCAGGCCAGACGGGCUCCUGGGAAAACGGCCCCGGGGUCUUCGCCCACACAGGCCUCGCUGGGCCGGAAAGACUCUCCCGCCGGAGUGCAGUCUGUGAAAGCGAAAGACCCGCCCGGCGCGAAGGACUUGAAGACGGCCACUGUUUCCGCGGUGACGGUGGAUUUGGCCACGGGUCAUCCCCGAACGAGAAGAGUGCAUGACCACGAGAAAGAGAGAAAAGAGCUGCUGUCCAAACCCUCAGCGCAGAGUUCGGAGAAGAAAAACGAUUCGGAUCCAGACACUCAAACCGAAGCUCUUCCUGAUCAAACGGACUCCACCAAUCAGACGCGAGUCUGUGAAGUGGGCGGAGCUGGAGCGGAGCAGCCCUUUAUUAAGCUGAGUCAGGAAGAGUAUGGAGAACAUCACUCAUCCAUCAUGCACUGCAGGGUGGACUGCUCGGGCAGAAAAGUGGCCAGUCUGGAUGUGGACGGGGUGGUGAAGGUUUGGGCCUUCAAUCCCAUCAUGCAAACCAAAGCCACUAUCAUGUCCAAGUCUCCGCUUCUCUCUCUGGAGUGGGCGGCCAAACCUGACCGACUGCUGUUGCUCGGCAGUGGCGUCGGCACGGUCAAGCUUUACGACACCGACGCCAAGAAGAGUUUGUACGAGAUGUCAAUAGACACGGUCCACCCGCGGAUCCUGUCGCUGGCCUGCAGUCCCAGCGGCACGUCGUUCGUUUGCUCCGCGGCGGCUCAAGCUGCCAAUUCUGCAGUCGCGACGGAGAGCGACACACGAGGAUCCGGUCCCGUAUCCGGACAUCUGCUGCUGUGGGACACCAAAACGGUCAAGCAGCAGCUGCAGUUUUCGCUGGAGCCGGGACCGGUCGCCAUAAACUGCACGGCGUUUAACCACAACGGAAACCUGCUGGUGACCGGAGCGGCGGACGGGAUCAUACGACUGUUCGACAUGCAGCGCUACGAGAGCGCGUUGAGCUGGAAGGCUCAUGAUGGGGAAGUGUACAGCGUGGAGUUCAGCUACGACGAGAACACGGUCUUCAGUAUCGGAGAGGACGGGAAGUUUGUUCAGUGGAAUAUCCACCGCUGUGGCGUGAAGCAGUCGGAGUACUCGCUAUCCCAGGAUGCCGUGGGGCCGUUUGUGCUGUCGGGUUACAGCGGAUAUAAACAGGUUCAGGUUCCACACGGUCGUCUCUUCGCUUUCGACUCUGAGGGGCAACACGUUCUCACCUGCGCCAGUAACGGAGGAAACAUCUACCGGUUAAGCAAGGCGGACGUGGGUCUCGAAAGCGUCUUGUCUCUCGGUGGUCAUAAAGCGCCCGUCGUGACGGUGGAUUGGUGCUCAGCGAUGGACUGUGGCACGUGCCUCACCGCGUCUAUGGACGGCAAGAUCAAACUCAACACGCUUCUCGCUCAGAAACCCUGA